AUGUCGGAGGCGCUCAAAAUUCUGAAGUCGACGCUGCAUGAUGCUUUUAUGGCUGGGGUUCUUGUGCGUAAGCACUCGUCGUUGAAACCAUUGCUGACCGACACCAACAAAGAAGCACGAAAAAAAUACGCCCUGUCGUUCACCAACGUUUCCUCCGGCAAAGUCACCUUUGACUCCAUGGUUGAUCGCGUCUUCUUGGACGAAAAAUGGUUUAUCCUACGCAAA